UUGCAAAGUUGAACCCGUAAGUUCAUGCUUCGUGCGUCGCUGGGCCAAGCUGGUCGCCAUUGCUGGCGACGGCAGAACCUCAAGGCGUACUUCUCAUCAUCGCUGCCAUGGUGGUCAGACAGCCCUCCACGCCGGUCCAACCACGACAAGGACAAAAUCAACUACAAUCCCAACAUUUCGUUCUCGGCCGAUGUCUCUGAUGAGCAUCUAUCCUACCCGCGCGUAACCGCGAACGAGCUCGCGAGUAUCGGUGACAAUGCACCCCCAACACGCGUGCGCAUGCUCGUGCGCAACUUCAUCGAGGAUGCUCUGUACAACCCUUACUACGGCUACUUCUCCAAGCAGGCCACCAUUCUUACCGCUCCUGGCGAGGAGAACGAAGGCUUCGACUUUAAUGAGUUCAAAGAUAGUGCCCACUUUGAGUCGGCCGUGGCGAGCCGCUACACGGAGUGUGGCAACGUGACCGAGACGGAGGGACCAGGAAGGCAGAUCUGGCACACUCCGACUGAGUUGUUCAAGCCGUGGUAUGGUCAAGCCAUUGCUCAAUGUCUUGUCUCCGAGUACCUUCUCAAAUACUUUCCCUAUGAAGACUUUAAAAUUUAUGAGCUCGGGGCAGGCAAUGGCACCCUCGCUCUGAACAUCCUCGACUACUUGCGCGUACAAUUCCCGGAAGUUUAUGACCGCACAUUGUACACGAUCAUCGAAAUCAGCGCGCCUUUGGCUCGUAUUCAGCGCGAGCGCCUCCGUCGAGCUGGUCACACCAAACGGACCGUGAACGUCCAUCACCGCAGUAUCUUCUCGUGGACAAAAACAGAGCGUGCGCCAUGCUAUGUUCUUGCUACAGAGGUGGUAGAUAAUUUUGCCCACGACGUCGUGCGGUACGACGUCCGUACCUUAGAGCCAUUUCAAGGCGAGGUUGCUGUUGAUGAUGCUGGCGAAUUCAUCCCAUACUACACGCGAAUUACCGAUCCACUCAUAUCGUCCUUUCUAUCGCUUCGCCGUCGCCUCCGCCACCAACCCACUCUUCCUUGGUACCUCCGCUCUUCCGCACUCCGUCGGAUAUAUGCAUCGCUGCCGUUCGCACCAAAUCUUUCGCCGCCAGAGUAUAUCCCUACGCGCAUGCUCUCGUUUCUACGCGUGCUUCAAUUAUACUUUCCUUUACAUCGGCUUCUGCUUACGGAUUUCUCUUCCUUACCCGAUGCUAUCUCGGGAGCCAAUGCUCCUGUUGUACAAACUAGCAUCCGUGGUACAAUGGUCCCGUGUCAGACACUCUUCGUUCGGCAAGGAUACUUUGAUAUCCUCUUCCCAACAGCUUUCGAGCCUCUGCGAGAUAUGUACGAGUAUAUCCUUGAACAACCAGCGGGUAUAGUCGCUGACGCGGAUGAUCUGGACCAUUCCCGCAUGUCUCCUCUUGCGUCGAGUAGCUCGCCUCUGUCUCUUGGGAUGCAAUUCUUUUCGCCUUCGAAUCGCCGUCCUCCACACGACGGUAUUUCAUCUGCGAGCGGUCUGGCUGUCGGGGAGAGGAAGAGCAGUGUUUAUAGUCACGCGGAGUUCAUGGGGACAUAUGCUGAUUUGGGGAAGACGCAAUUGAGGAACGGGGAGAACCCGAUGUUGGACUUUUAUAAGAAUGUCCAAGUUCUUUUUUGAUGUGGAGUGCCAGGAACUUGAAAGAUGCUAUGAACUCAUUGCGAAUGUUGGCUCUUUGGCCCCUGAUACACGAACCUUGCAAUUACCGCACACAAGGCU